AUGGCCGGCGGUGAGAAAAAGCCCCACGCCGUCAUGGUCCCCUACCCUUACCAAGGCCACAUUAACCCCUUCCUCCACCUCGCCGUCAAAUUAGCCUCCCAGGGCUUCACCGUUACCUUCGUCAACACCGAGUCCGUCGACCGCCGCAUUUCCCGCGCGCAGACGGCGUUGACGGGAUCCGACAUUUUCGCCGGCGCCCGGGCCUCGGGCCUCGACAUCCGCUACGCCACCGUCUCCGACGGGUUCCCGAUCGAUUUCGACCGGUCCCUCAACCACGACCAGUUCGUGGAGGGCCUCAUCCACGGGUUCUCCGACCACGUCGACGAGCUCGUGGCCCGGCUUGCGUUCGCCGAUCCGCCGGCCAGCUGCCUCGUCGCCGACACGUUCUACGUCUGGGCGUCCGCCGUCGCCGGGAAACACAACCUGGUGAGCGUCUCGUUCUGGACGGAGCCGGCGCUGGUCCUGUCUCUGUAUUACCACCUCGAUCUCCUCCGCCAAAAUGGGCAUUUUGGGUCCAAAGUUAAACGAGAUGACGUAAUAGAUUACAUACCUGGUGUUGGUGCUAUCGAACCCGCUGACCUCACAUCCUACCUCCGAGCCGACGACACGCAAACCGUAGUCCACCGCGUAAUCUACAAGGCUUUCGAUGACAUCAAGAAAGCCGACAUCAUCAUCUGCAACACAGUCCAAGAGCUCGAGCCCAACACGCUUUGGGCCCUUCACAAGAAGCAGCCCGUCUACGCAAUUGGGCCCAUCGUCUCGGGCUUCACGAGCCAGACCGUGGCCGCGAGCCUGUGGUCCGAGUCCGACUGCACCCACUGGCUCGACGGGAAACCAGAUGGGUCCGUCUUGUACGUCUCGUUCGGAAGCCAUGCCCACACCACUAGCAAGGAGGACAUUUGGGAGAUAGCCCACGGGCUUUUGGCGAGCGGGGUGAAUUUCGUAUGGGUUAUCCGGCCAGACAUUGUGGGCCCGGGCGAGACCAACUUUCUUCCACCCGAGUUCGAAAGUAGUGUUAAAGGGAAAGGUAUGAUCGUGCAGUGGUGUAGCCAGAUUAAGGUGAUUUCACAUCGUGCUGUUGGAGGAUUUUUGUCGCACUGUGGAUGGAAUUCGGUUCUGGAGAGCAUAUCGUGUAGGGUUCCUCUAAUGUGUUUUCCUUUGUUCACCGACCAAUUUACGAACCGUAAAUUAGUCGUGAGCGAUUGGAAGAUCGGGAUUAAUCUUUGCGACGGGCCGUCGAUCACCCGGGAGGAGGUCAAAGAAAAGGUCAACUAUUUGAUGAGUGACGAGACUUCAAAAGAUUUGAGGAGUGCAAUCAAGGAGGUGAGUAGGAAAAUGGAAGGUGCAUUGACAAUUGAUGGAUCGUCCGAGAGUAAUUUUAGGCUGUUAAUUGGGGAUCUAAAGGCCCAAAUGGAUAAGAAAGCUGGGCCGGCCUUUGAGAUACAAGAUCAGUCCAGGGAUCUUGUUUGGGCUGCUACAGCUGUAAAUUUGUGCGAGCAAACAAUUUAA